GUGGGCGUGGCCGCGCGUGGAGAUUGCGCACGCGCGGAAGGGCGCGACGGUGGCGCAUCAGGGCGGUUUAGCUCCUGCUACCCAGUCCCGGCCUGCACCUCUCAGCAUCCCUCUUCGGCACUCCUGGGACUUGCUUUAUGCCGUCCGAUUGCUGAAGGCUGUCUUGACUCCUGUGCCUGGGGCUGUAAUCACAGCAGGCGGUGAAGCUCUUGGGCCUGUGUCUGUCCUCCUGGGGCUGUAGGUGCACGCCAGCAGGUUAAGUUUUGCUCUGUAACUGUAACUCGGUUCUGUGUUCCCCGUAUGCUUCUGUCAGUGACGCCGAGAGAUUCUGUGCACUCCAGGGACUGCAGAAGGACCUAUGGAUCAUGGCGGGAAGGGUGAAGUGGGUCACUGACAUUGAGAAGUCAGUGCUGAUCAACAACUUUGAGAAGAGAGGGUGGAUCCAAGUGACAGAGAAUGAAGAUUGGAAUUUCUACUGGAUGAGCGUGCAGACCAUUCGCAAUGUGUUCAGCGUGGAAACUGGGUACCGGCUCUCAGAUGACCAGAUCGUCAACCACUUCCCCAACCACUAUGAACUGACCCGCAAGGACCUGAUGGUGAAGAACAUUAAGAGAUACAGGAAGGAACUGGAGAAGGAAGGAAGUCCUCUGGCAGAGAAAGACGAGAAUGGGAAAUACCUCUAUCUGGACUUUGUCCCCGUCACCUACAUGCUCCCCGCUGACUACAACCUGUUUGUGGAGGAGUUCCGGAAGAGCCCAUCCAGCACCUGGAUCAUGAAGCCUUGCGGCAAAGCCCAGGGGAAGGGCAUCUUCCUUAUCAACAAGCUCUCACAGAUCAAAAAGUGGUCCCGGGACAGCAAGACGUCCUCGUUUGUGUCUCAGUCCACAAAAGAAGCUUACGUGAUCUCCCUCUAUAUCAAUAACCCGUUACUCAUCGGCGGGAGGAAAUUUGACCUACGGCUCUAUGUCCUGGUAUCCACAUACCGCCCCCUGCGCUGCUACAUGUACAAGCUUGGCUUCUGCCGUUUCUGCACGGUGAAGUACACCCCGAGCACCAGCGAGCUGGACAACAUGUUUGUCCACCUUACCAAUGUAGCCAUCCAGAAGCACGGGGAGGACUACAACCAUAUCCACGGUGGCAAGUGGACUGUCAACAACCUGCGACUCUACCUGGAGAGCACCCGAGGCAGAGAGGUGACCAGCAAACUGUUUGAUGAAAUCCACUGGAUCAUCGUGCAGUCUCUCAAGGCCGUGGCGCCAGUGAUGAACAAUGACAAGCACUGCUUUGAAUGCUACGGCUACGACAUCAUCAUCGACGACAAGCUGAAGCCCUGGCUGAUCGAGGUUAACGCGUCCCCGUCUCUCACCUCCAGCACCGCCAACGAUCGGAUCCUUAAGUACAACCUGAUCAAUGACACCCUCAACAUCGCGGUCCCCAACGGCGAGAUUCCCGACUGCAAGUGGAACAAGUCUCCUCCCAAGGAAGUUCUCGGCAACUAUGAAAUCCUGUACGACGAGGAGCUGGCCCAGGGUGACGGGACUGACAGAGAGCUCAGAAGCCGCCCAGGACAGCCAGUGGGGCCCAGAGCAGGCCGCUCAAGAGAGUCGGGGAGAAAUGUCCUCACGACCUGGAAGUGACCAGCAGUGGGAAGAAAGACCCCCGGCCUUCCUGCAAUUGCUCCACCCAGACUCUGCUCAACAUAUAUUUUGGAAUUUCCUUUUUUCUAGAGUGCUUUCCGAGCCCUUGUAAAUAAAGACACUCUGCAAGGUG